CUGUAUUGCUAGAAAAUGUUUAUUCAAAGCGUUUUGCGCUUUUAAUCGAUUUAAAUUGGUAUAAUUGUUGAUUUUGACAAGUCAUUGUCAUAAACACACUCCAGAUACAAAAUUAUUGCAUACUCACUGUAAAACUCGUAGUUUCAUCUCAUUAUAUACUCAUCAUGCAACAAAAUCACGCAUUACAUGACCAUUCGACUCUCUCAAUCGAACAUAAUACGAUUUCAUACAGUUAAAUUCACUACAGUACAAAUGGCCGCAUCGCAAGCGCCUCUACUGUAAACAACUAAGUAAACACAAACGACAACGAUUUUUUCAUAGGAUAAACACAAUUAAAACCUCACAAGAGAACAAUGACUAGAUAUGCUCUGCGGGUGAAAACGAAAGAAGGCCAGCAAGUGGUCAAUACACUAACGGCCGAAUCCACUGCCAAAGAGUUGCGAGUUCUGCUCGCCAACAUAUCAAACAUACCAGAGAAUAAGUUACACAUACUUUCUGGUUUUCCACCCAAACCACUCAUUCUAAAUGACAGCGAGACACUCAAUGUGAAUGGGAUUACCUCAGGUGAUACUUUAAUUCUGCAAGAGUUGAAUGAUGCUUCCACUGCCUCUAGCAAUGUACCUGCUGUGAAGCCAUCAGUGACUUCAACAGCACCUUCAAAGACUGAUGAUCAUUACCAGGAGCAGGAGUCAGCCAGUGUGAGUGGCAUCCUGAUGAAACAUGUAGUGCCAGCGGAUAAUUCCUGUUUAUUUACAAGCAUACAUUUUGUGUUGAAUGGGAAAGUUGAUGAGACUGGCAGUGUGGCACCUUGGAUGAGGAAUAUUAUUGCUGAGACUGUUUCAAGAGAUCCUGAGACUUACUCGGAUGCUAUUUUGGGUAAAGCAAACAGUGAAUAUUGCAAGUGGAUCAAAGAUGAUAAGUCUUGGGGAGGUGGGAUUGAGAUUUCAAUUUUGUCCAGUUAUUAUGGGAUAGAAAUCGCGGUUGUGGAUAUUGUAAAUGCAAUUAUUAACAGAUUUGGAGAGGAUCAGAAUUAUGGACAGAGGGUUUUCCUUUUAUUUGAUGGAAUUCAUUAUGAUCCUUUAUAUUUAGAAUCUACAAGUGGGGAACAUUUACGCACAAUAUUCCCCACGGAAGAUGAAAAAGUCUACCGUGACGCCGAACAGCUUGCAAUCGAAGCGAAAUCCAGCCGGCAAUACACAGACGUGAAUAAAUUCACCCUUCGUUGUGUUAUCUGCGACAUACGAUUAAAAGGACAGACGGAGGCGCAGCAACACGCCCAAGAAACAGGCCAUGCCAACUUCGGCGAGAUAUAGCACCAUAAAAAUUAAUUUAUAGUCUAAUUAUAUUAUGGAAUUAUGAAUAUCAAGAACAACCAACACAUUUGAUUCAAAAUCUUUUCCAAACCAAGUAAACGCAGUCAGAAAAGUUACAAAGUUUCGACUCAACAUUUAUUAUGUGUCAAUCUAAUAAAAUAGCAUCAAGUAAUUUUAAAA